UGCCCGUCUCACCGUGUCGCGUUUUUUUUAAUAGCUUUACAUUGAGGACCCAGUUCGGAAAGCGCGUCUAGUGACGGCAAAACGUCACCGACUGGGUCAAGAUGCGAUUCAAGACGAAUUUGAAGAACGUUCGCACGUUCUCAAAGCUCGUCGCAGCGCUUUCGACCCUCGAGAAGAUUGCGUGGAUGCGCCUCGACGAUGAAAAUGUCCGCUUCACCGUCAUUCCAGAUACUGGGUCGCAAGUAUGGGCCUCCCUCUCAAUGGACUUCAUCUUCGAUUCGUGGCAACUCCAAUCCGCCGAAGCCCAGAACACAAUCAACCUCGAGCUCCCUCUAGGCCCCCUCCAGCGUGCCCUCAAGUCGGCACUGAACGGCACAUCCGCUUCACUGCGUCUGACCAAGAAAGACGGAAUCCCCAUCCUCUCCAUGACCAUUACGACAACCACAGCAUCCGCCAACACGGGCCGCGACCCUUACUCGCGCUUCUCCGCCCACAACAACCCGCGCGAUAACAACGACAGCCAUUUCAACGCUGGGGGCGAUGGUGACGACGACGACGGUGUUUUCGCCGCCGAGCCCCUCGAGACGCACCUGCACCGCGAGCGCGAAAAGAUCAUCACGCAGGACAUCCCCGUGCGCGUCCUACACCCGGAAACGGUCGAGACCAUCAUGCAGCCGAAGGUGCGCGAGCCAGAUGUCCACAUCCAGCUGCCUCCCCUCCUGCAGCUCAAGGCCAUCUCAGACCGGUACACCAAGCUCGCCUUGGCCUCGCGUGCCACGUCCUCCACCACCGCGGCCGUCACGGCAAACUUCUCUCCCAAGCUUGAGUUGAGCGCCAAUAUGCACGGCAGUCUGCGGCUGGCGCUGACUGCGGAUACACUUGAUAUCGCGUCGCAGUGGGAUGGUCUGGAAAACCCGGAGUUGGAUCCGGGGCAAUUAAACUGUCUGCUUGCUGACCAUCCUUCGACAAAGUUCAAGGAGGAGGGCCCGGACAAGUGGGCUAGUGUGAGGGUCGAUGGCAAGGACUGGAGUAAGGUGCUCAGCGUGGGACGGCUGGAGGGAAGGGUCAUUGCGUGUUUUGCCGACGACCAUGCCUUGAUUCUGUACGUGUAUGUGCCGCAGUACGACGAUGCCUCGGCGGAGGAUAGUGUUGUUACCUAUUACGUAUCGUCAUAUAGCUUGUAAAGAUACCGCUUUGGCUGGUAGGUGUGCCCUGGAUGCGGGAUGCAGCAUGAGGUGAGAUUAUACAUGAACUGGCUCUGACAGGACGACUUAAUGAUUGACGCCGAGAUGUAACAUUGGAAGGCGUAACGGACGCAGCCUAUAGGCUUCGCGGCAAGUCUUAGCAUAUUUGACUCUCAUGUCAAUUACUCUGGUGGCUGGAUAUUAGCAGGAUAGAACACAGACGCGAGUCACAUGACUUUACGACAUACUCCUUGUUCGUUGCUUUAAUCUGAUGCUUCAAUAAUGGUCAACCGGGGUUUGAGUGUCCAAUGUCUGAUGAAAUGUGGCCAAAACUCACUGGACGCAAACAUUGCAUGCGUACACUCGAUAACAGGACAAAACAUGCACCAGUCUGGCGUGCAAUUUGAAACCAGCAUCAAGCGGUUUCUCAAGCGAAAAC